GUUUGUAACCGAAAUUCGACUGAAAACGACAUCCAACGAUAAUUAUUAAAAAAAUUUAACAAAAAAAUGGGCAUUUGCACAAAAUUACCAACUGUUGCCUCCUGCUGUUGCGGUUGCACUCUUCGUACGGGAACUCUUAUUCUCGGAUGGAUUUUGAUCAUUGGAUCUGCUUUGGGACUUGCAGGAGCUGGAAGUUUAUUUGCUGCCCUUGAUAAAAAUGAUAAAGAUUACGGAGUUCUCUUCGGAAGUUUGGUCUUUAUUGUCGUUAUUUAUGUCUUGCAAUUGCUUUUGAACAUUCUGCUUGUGGUUGGAGCGACACAAAAUAAGCCAAAUUUGCUGCUGCCUUAUUUGUGGCUUGAUGCUAUACUUUUGAUCAUCAAUCUCGUGAAUGUAAUUUUAGCAUUCGUUGCGAAUUGGGCAACUGCCAUUGGAGUUUGUUUGGGAUGGCUUCUUUCAUUGUACUUCUUCAUGGUUGUUAAUUCGUUCUAUCAACAACUUAAGGGACGAGGACAUCAUGUAGGAGUUUAAAGUGCAAAAAAAAUAAAAAAUAAAUCUAAUAAAUAGUAUCGUAAAAUUCAAUAAGUUUUAUGAAUUAAAAACUACUGUCAAAAAGUGAUCAGAUUUUUUUUUUGUAAUCUUCCGAUACUUAAUCCAAAGAUAAAUAUGUUUAGAUUUUCAUGAGCAAAUUUUAU